ACUCUCUUCUGAAGAAGAUAGGGAAAUAUAUACAUUUCAACAUGAAUCCGAAGGGAAACACGAGGGCGAGAUACUAUGAGACAAACAAGCCUCGUAAAGAUAAAUUCAAAGGCCACAAAGGGAAAAUCAGGAAACAGGAACUGUUCAAAUCCAGGCUGAAGAGUUCCCAAGUCAUCGAUUCUGAAAUAACAGAACUCCAGUUGCGAUAUGCUAAGGUUCAAGCAAAAGACAUAAAGACAUUUUCAGAUUUCCCACUGUCAAAGAAUACUUUAGAUGGGCUUCAAAAGGCUAAGUUUACCACUCCCACAGAAAUUCAGAGGGAAUCCAUUGGACUUGCUCUACAGGGGCAUGACAUUCUUGGUGCAGCCAAAACUGGAUCGGGGAAAACCCUCGCAUUCCUCAUUCCAGUUUUGGAGUGUUUAUACAGACAGAAGUGGAGUUCCAUUGAUGGACUUGGUGCUCUUAUCAUUUCCCCUACAAGAGAGCUGGCUUACCAAACAUUUGAAGUGUUGAAAAAGAUCGGAAAAUUACAUGAUUUUUCUGCUGGCCUAGUCAUUGGAGGAAAGUUGCUGAAGGAAGAAACAGCCAGAAUAAACCGAACCAACAUCAUCAUCUGUACCCCUGGACGACUGUUACAGCACAUGGACGAAACCUUCAACUUCACAGCAGACUCACUACAGAUUCUUGUGUUGGAUGAGGCUGACCGAAUAUUAGACCUGGGCUUCAGUCGAGACAUGAAUGCCAUCAUAGAAAACCUGCCCCCAGAGAGACAGACCCUACUGUUCUCUGCCACACAAACCAAAUCGGUAAAGGACCUGGCCCGCUUGAGUCUGAAGAAUCCAAUGUUUGUGUCCGCUCACGAGAAUGCAGAGCAUAGCACACCAACUCAACUUGAACAGAACUAUGUGGUAUGUGAACUCCAUGAUAAAAUCAGCAUGCUGUGGUCCUUUGUGAAGAAUCACCUGAAGUCUAAAGUACUAGUGUUUCUGGCGAGUUGUAAACAGGUGAAGUUUAUCCACGAGAUUUUCCGGCGACUGAGACCUGGGGUAACUGUGUUGGCGUUACACGGGGCCAUGAACCAGCUAAAAAGAGUGGACACUUACAACCAGUUCUGUCGUAAACAGAAUGCUGUCCUCUUCGCCACAGAUAUAGCAGCUAGAGGAUUAGACAUACCAGAGGUGAACUGGGUGAUCCAGCUGGACUGUCCAGAGAAUGCGAACACGUACAUCCACCGGGCAGGGAGAACCGCUCGCUACCAGAAGGGGGGAGAGGCCCUGCUAGUCCUUGUACCAUCUGAGGAGAAGGGGAUGAUAGAACAGCUGGAGGCCAAGAAAAUCCCCAUCAACAAAAUCAGAGUAAAUCCCAAGAAGUUAUGGAGUAUACAGGCAAAGCUGGAGUCCUUACUGGCUUCAGACCCCUCUCUGAAGGAAAUGGCCCAGCGGGCUUUUCUAGGAUACCUUCGAUCAAUUUUUCUGAUGAGCAACAAAAAAGUGUUUGAUGUACACCAACUUGACACAGAAAAGUUCUCUAGUUCUUUAGGUCUUGCCAUUCCACCAAGAAUACGGUUUUUGAAACGAGAGGAAAAAAGACAAGCUGAAAGAGAAGCUCAGAAAAAAGCAAGUUUGGAGAGAUUAACCCAGGCAGCCGAGGAAGCAGGGAGCUCUUCGGGAAGUGAGGAAGAAAACUCUUCAGAACAAGAAUCUGAAUCAGAAGCAGAGCAAGGCCAUACUGUAAAACAUACAGAGGAAUCAGACUCUUCAGAAUCUGAAAGUGAAAGUGAAAAUGUGAGAACUAGUGAAAGUGGUGACCGAUUAGAUUUCAAUUUGGAUGAUGACAAUGACGAUUUGUUUACUGUCAAGAGGACUGUUCUUCCUGAUUCAGAGAGUGAGGAAGAAGAUGGUGAUAAACUAAGCAAAGACAGCAAAGAGAAGAAAGCACAGAGUAAAUAUGCACUAGCAAAAAAAUUACAGAAGAAGAAAGUGAAAGUAAAUACAAAAGUGACAUUCGAUGAAGAAGGAGAGGCUGUGACUGAUGUGAUGAAGAAGUCAACAGUGGACAAGGAUGAGGAAGAAGAAGAGGAGGAGGUGGGAGGGAUCGACAUCGCUGCGGCCAGAGAGAGAAUGUUGGAGGAGGACAAGAUAGAUAAACAGAUUUACAGGGAGCGGAUCAAACAAAAACACAGGGAAGAAAGGUUGAAGAGGAGAGAGGAGAGAAAAGCCAGGAGUAAAAGAGGCCACGUGGAGGAAGUUGAGGAUGAAAUGUUGGUGCAGCUAGGAGAUUCUGGGGAUGAGGAUGAGAGAGAAGACCCCCUGAGUUUCAUCCCCACCCCAGAGAAUUCUGACGAGUCGGGCGAUGACAGUGAGGAUGAUGUGCCAUCAAAGAAAAGGAGAAUGGUUGUCAACAGUGAUAGCAGUAGUGAAGAAGAAGAGGAGGAGGAAGAUGAGGAGGAGAACAGUAAAGAAGAGGAUGAAGGCAGUGAAGAAGAGGAUGAAGAAGACAUUGGGGAAAGCAAUGAAGAGGAGGAAAGUGAAGAUGACAUGGACACUGGUCUUACCUUACAGGAUGAUGAGGAUAUCGCCCUCAGAUUAUUACAAAGCUGAUGUACAUUGUUCAGAGAAAUCUUAUAUCAUGUACUGUAAUUCAUCUUCUCAAAAAAUUAAACUCAAAGGUCAAGGCAA